UGCAGGGAGUCUGCGCUCAGGUACGGCAGAGCAUCACACUCAGACGGAGGGAGUGGGAGAGAGAGAGGCUGCGCACGGACAGAUAUUUAUAGCCUAAAGCGAGGCUGCAGCACAGCGAUAAGGCUUGGGACCGAGCCACAGACAGACAGGGCUUAGGGACAAGAGGACACGUCAAAAUGAAACAGUUCCUCUCGCUAGUUUUACUCGGGGCCGCGGCGGUCACUCUGGUCAGCGCAGGCGGCACCGACGGCGGUGGGAUCUCCUUCGAGUACCACCGUUAUGAGGAGAUGCGGAAGGCGCUGGUGUCCGUGUGGCUGCAGUGCCCGACCAUCACCCGCAUCUACACCAUCGGCGAGAGCUUCGAGGGCCGCGAGCUGCUGGUGCUGGAGAUGUCGGACAACCCUGGGACACACGAGCCCGGUGAGCCUGAGUUUAAGUACAUCGCCAACAUGCAUGGCAACGAGGCCGUGGGCAGAGAGCUGCUCAUCUACCUGGCUCAGUACCUGUGCAACCAGUACCAGCAAGGCAACGAGACCAUCAUCGACCUCAUCCACAACACCCGCAUCCACCUCAUGCCCUCCAUGAACCCAGACGGCUUCGAGAAGGCCGCUUCUCAGCCCGGCGAGAUCAAGGAUUGGUUCGUCGGCCGCAGUAACGCGCAGGGGGUUGAUCUUAACCGUAACUUCCCUGACCUGGACCGCAUCAUCUACAUCAAUGAGCGGGAGGGUGGAGCCAACAACCACCUGCUGCAGAACAUGAAGAAAGCCGUGGACGAAAACACUAAGCUGGCUCCAGAGACAAAGGCAGUGAUCCACUGGAUCAUGGAUAUCCCUUUCGUCCUCUCAGCUAACCUGCAUGGAGGAGACGUGGUGGCCAACUACCCAUACGAUGAGACCCGCACUGGCUCCACCCAUGAGUACAGCGCCAGUCCGGAUGAUGUGAUGUUCAAGUCUCUGGCAAAGGCGUACUCCAUGUACAACCCGGUCAUGUCCGACCCUCAGCGACCCCCCUGCCGUAAGAACGAUGAUGACUCCAGCUUCAAAGAUGGCAUCACCAAUGGAGGAGCCUGGUACAGCGUGCCAGGAGGAAUGCAGGACUUCAACUACCUCAGCAGCAACUGUUUUGAAAUCACUUUAGAGCUAAGCUGUGACAAGUUCCCCAAUGAGGACACGCUCAAGACCUACUGGGACCAGAACCGCAACUCACUGGUCAGCUACAUUGAGCAGGUCCACCGCGGCGUCAAGGGCUUCGUGCGCGAUCUGCAGGGCAACCCGAUUUCCAACGCCACCAUCUCUGUGGAAGGCAUUGACCAUGACAUUACCACAGCCAAAGAUGGAGAUUAUUGGCGCCUACUGGCUCCAGGAAAUUAUAAAGUGGCAGCCUCUGCCCCAGGAUACCUGACUGUCAUCAAGAAGGUGGCUGUUCCCUACAGCCCUGCAACCAGGGUGGACUUUGAGCUGGAGUCUCUGAUGGAGAGGAAGGAGGAGGAGCGGGAGGAGCUGAUGGACUGGUGGAAGAUGAUGUCAGAGACGCUGAACUUCUAAAAAGCGUUUGUCUGGCCGACGAUCAGACUGUCCGCACAUUGGUGUAAUAUAUUCGACAUUCUGUGUGCCCGUUCACUCUAAGAAGAAUAUAAUGUCUCUUAUUUGUUUCAUUCUCUUUCGAUUCUUAUUUUAAUUGGUUAUAUUGUUUAUUAAUGUAACGGUUUGCCUCAAGCUCCUGUAGAUUGUUUGAAUAUCCUGCACAAACGACACACAGACGUAUACUGACGGACACAGGAGGAAUUUGCAGGUAGUCUGAUGGCAGCGAGAUCGAUGUUGACUUCUGUGGUAUUGUGUUCUUUAUUGUACACGUGAUUGGUAACCAUGGCACCCAUCUAUAUAACCAGUGAGUGACUGAGUAAUUAUGUAUGUAAAAGAGAAGUUUACAUCAUUACCACGUAGCCCUGUCCGUAAUAAUUUGUCUUUUUAUUAUUAUUAUUAUUUUUUUACUGUUUUAAAUGUCUCUGUUUCUCCAGGCUUUAGUACAAAUCCACAAACACGCAACACUAGUAGUGCACACACACACACACACGCACACACACAUGCUGUUUCUCUUUGUUUCAUUCGUGUAAAAGAAAAAAUACAACACUAUAGUUUUGAGAUAAUCAGGGACAUUAAAAACACUGUUAAAAAUAAAAAAAUCACUGUAAACAUUAUACUGUAAACAGUCUAUACAGCCAAGCUUGUUUUCUGGUAUGUUAUUGAUGUUGGGAUUUCUUUUUUUUUUUUUUUAACUGACCGCAGCACAGCUUUGAUUUGAGCACAAGAUGAAUGGUUAUAAUAUAUACUGUAUUUAUGAGCCUAGGUAUAGCAAGAAAUAUGUGGUUUUUGUAACUAAAAAAUAAAAAAUAAAUAAAUCACAGAAAAACAAGGCCAUGACACCCAUAAAUCUGUCCACCUCGGUCUAUCCAAAGCCAUUCCUUUGUAUGUGCACUACACAGGGAAUACUGUGGUACAUAAGGGGACUGUGGGACAUGUAGAAGUUGGCUUUCAGUGCUAAGCUAACACUGAUCUUCUGAGUGGAUUAUAUGGAUGCUGUCCACCUGCUUUGAGACCACAGAAAGAAUUUAUUGAAUGUAUAGCUAUGGAAAAGGUUACAAAUGUAAAUGAUGAACUUAUCAAUAAAGCUCCCCUCUUUAUGUUGUCA